AAUAAACUCACUCAUUCUGAAACCCAAAACCCUAACUUUCUCUCUUCAAUGGCGCCUCAGAAAAAAUUGACCGAAUACGAACGCAUGCGACUCGAGAACAUUCGGCGCAACGAUGAGAUGAUGGCCGCUCUCAAGCUCCAUUCCAAAGCCAUUCAACUCAAGCGUCCAAGGUACUCUCUUAUUUCGCUUCUCAUUCAACUUAACCUAACAUUCUUUUUACAAUUUCCCUUUCCCAGGGUUUCAACAAAAGCAUACAGCGUCAAAUCGGAAAACAAACCCAAAAUUCAAACCCCAAUCGUCAUCAGGCGCUCCCUGCGAACGCGAGGUUUAGGUCCCCGCGGAGAUUCCGUGGACUCCACCAUUUCCACCGAAACCGAACCUUCCCACGAAAGUUUCGGUCCAAUUUCCAUGGCCGAUGCUCGUGAAGGCACUCCCUCGGAUGCCUCCUUCGUUCAAUCACUCAUUGCUAUAGCCCAAAUGGAAGUCCAAGCCUCACGAGAAAAACUAGGUAGAACCAAAGGUGGGACAUUUUUGAACGAUGCAUGUGUUGGAGAAGGGAAAAAGGAGUCUUCCCUUAGGUUGGAAUCUCUGUAUUUGGAUCCUCAGAAUGUUGCACGGGUUGUUCCGGGAAGGAUAACUGAUGUGCGGUUUUUUCCUUCCGGUAAUGUUAAAAUGAUCGCGGCGGGUAACAACGUUGGGAAUGUUGGGUUCUGGAAUGUGGGCAAGAGUCAGGUUCAUUUGUACCGUCCCCAUCAUGCUCCCAUUUCUGGGAUUUUGAUUCAACCACAUUGCUUGUCCAAGAUGUACACUAGUUGUUAUGAUGGAAUUCUCCGGCUAAUGGAUGCGGAGAAGGAGAUCUUUGAUCUGGUAUUUGAAAGUGAUGAAAGUAUAUAUACUCUCUCUCAACCAACAAAUGAGGCAAACUGCCUAUAUUUUUCUGAGGGUUCUGGAGGUUUGACUAUUUGGGAUAACAGGAUUGGUAAGCGUUCGUCCCACCAGGUUUUGCACAAAAGGAGGAUCAACACCAUAGAUUUCAACUGUGAAAACCCUCGUAUUAUAGCUACCAGUUCCAGUGAUGGAACUGUCUGCACCUGGGAUUUGAGAUAUACUGAUGCGGAUAAAGUCACCGCCUUGAGGAAAUUUACCCACGAAAGGGGUGUGCAAUCUGCUUACUUUUCUCCUUCUGGUUGUAGCCUGGCAACUACAAGCGUGGACGCGACAAUUGUUAUUUAUAGUGGAGUAAACUUGGAGGAUGCAGCUGUUAUUUAUCAUAACAAACAGAAUAGUACUUUGGUUUCUACUUUCAGAGCGAAAUGGGGUUGGGAUGAUCUGUAUCUCUUCGUUGGUAAUACGAAAAGAGGUGUUGAUGUGGUCUCAGCAGUUGAAAGGAAAACAGUUAUGACUCUAGAGAGCCCACACUUGUCUGCCAUUCAGAGCAGAUUGGAUACGCACUCUUACGAGAUUGGGAUGCUGGCAGGAGCUACAAUGGGAGGCCAAGUUUAUAUUUGGACGUCGCGCUAGGAUAAGAUGUUUGUUUAACAGUGUUAUCAGUAGUGUGUAAACAAACUAAUAAGUAUCUUGUUCGAGUCUUGUGUAAAUCUAUUCAACAUACAUUUUACUUCUUCUCGUUGAACAAGUUUAAAAGACGUAUAUCGAUAACAACCAUUCUCAAAUGAUAUUGGUCAUUGAUAAUGGAUUUGCAUUACCUAUUUA